AUGUCUAGAUUAUCCAAUCUCUAUUUAAUAAUUUAUAAUUCAGUUUCGACUGUGUUAUGGGUAAGUAUCCUUACUAGAUCAAUUAAGGAUAUUUAUGAAGUUUUAAUUGUUAAAGAUCCUACCAAUUAUUACUUGAAUCAUCAAUUAAUUCAUGAUGAAUUCCCUCAUAAGUUCCUCGUAUAUACUCAAUUAUUUAAUUCAAUUUUAGAAUUAAUUCAUUCUUUAUUAGGAUUAGUUCGAUCUACUAUUCCUACAUUAAUUGUUCAAGCUGCGGCUAGAUCUUUAAUUACUUUAGGUAUUUGUUAUACUAUACCUACAAGUCCUGGUAAUUAUAAUUUUAUUUUCUUUAAUACUAUCCUUUGGGCUUGGUCAUUAAGUGAUAUCAUUAGAUAUACAUUUUUUGUAUUUAAAUUAAUUGAUAAUGGUAAGUUAUGUCCUCGGUUUUUGUUAUGGUUAAGGUAUUCGGCUUUCUUAAUAUUAUAUCCGUUAGGUUUAAUUAGUGAAUCUGCUACAGUUUAUCUUUCAUUAUCUAGUGUUAAAAAUUCUCCCUAUUAUCAUUAUUACUUCCUUAUAUUCGGCUUAUCAUCGUAUAUUCCAGGCUUCUACUUUCUCUACGGUCAUAUGUUGAAACAACGUAAAAAGGUAUUGGGAAGAUCUAAAAGUCACUAA